AUGAAGAUAACAGGGGCCGUUCUGCUCUUCGCUCUGGCACUUUGCUGCUUCUACUCAGAUGCUGCUGGCCAGGCUGGUAAGGGUUUCUGCAGUGAGUACAAGAAGCCUCCGGAAAUGUGCACCUUAGAGUACGACCCGGUCUGUGGCACUGAUGGCAAGACAUAUGGAAACAAAUGUGUCUUUUGUGGAGCAGUCUAUGAAAACCUUGGAAGUCUUUGCUUUGAGCAUUAUGGAGAAUGCAGGUCGCACAAUGAGGACAAGGAAAGAGAAGAGCUUUAGCAUUUGGUUCCCACAAGCAGAUCCCUGCAUGGAGUCACGUUCUCCUCUCAUCCAUCGGUUCCAGGCCUCUAAGAGCAUCGCUGA